ACGACCUUUCUCUCGCAGCCUCUCUCGCUCUCCACCCCGCUCUCCCCCCUUCUCCGCUACUCCCGUUGAGCAUCAUGUUCUCCGUCCGUCUCGCCCGCGUCGGCCUCCGUGCCUCCGCCCAGCAGUUCACCGUGCCUCGCACUGCCGCCCUCAACGGUCUGCGCACCUAUGCCACCCCGGCCCAGGAGAUCAAGCCCCCGGUUUCCCUCUUCGGCGUUGACGGCACCUAUGCCACUGCUCUGUACACCGCCUCUGCCAAGUCCGCCGCUCUGGAGCAGACCUCCAAGGCCCUGGCCAACCUGGGCCAGACCCUCAAGGCCGACCGCAAGCUGACCGAGAUCCUGAACGCCCCGACCCUGACCGUGGCCGACAAGCAGCAGAUCAUCGCGGAGCUGCAGAAGGUGGCCGGCGGCGCCGACAAGGCCGAGAUCCUCAAGAACUUCUUGGCCACUCUGGCCGAGAACAACCGCCUGGGUCUGCUGGAGGGUGUCUGCGAGAAGUUCGCGACCCUCAUGGGUGCUCACCGCGGUGAGAUCGAGCUGAACAUCACCAGCGCUCAGGAACUCGACACCAAGACCCUCAACCGUCUCGAGAAGGCCGUCUCCAAGUCCGAGUUCAGCCAGGGCAAGAAGCUCAAGGUUGUCUCCAAGGUCAACCCCGACCUCAUCGGUGGCCUGGUUGUCGAAAUCGGUGACCGCACCAUCGACCUGAGCGUCUCCUCCAAGAUCGCCAAGCUCAACAAGGCCCUCACCGACGCUUUGUAAAUGGUUUUUACUUUUUACCUUCCCAAGAAAGAAAGAACAUGAUUUCUUAUCGGGUGUUUAGUCGAUAGAAAGUUAUUAUGAAUGACUUUCCAUCAGUAUAAACAUAUCUUAUAUCCAUCCCACCGCCCCCCCCCCCAAACCCCCUACUAACCUCCGGCACCUCUGUCUAUCUACUCCGUCGCGAAUGUAUCCUAUCUAAAUCAACUAUGCUACCG